AUGCCUCCACCGCAGCGACAGCGGUACAAUGCCAAGGCAAGACAGUCCAGCGUCGGCGGCUCUUCUCACAAGAGACGCAAGCAGCACACUCAAUCCUCUGGCGAAGGCGGUCAAGAAGACGCAAGUGCAUCCUCCUCGGCCACACCUUUCACACACCCAGACUCUAACCGCGAGGUGAUAGUUCCCGGAAGCGCUCAAGAGGAAGCAUGGAAGGCGAAAGAGAAGCUCAGGAAAGAGCUUCUCGCCGCUUCAUCGACAGAAGACCCGAAUCAAAAGCUCUCUGCCAAGAAGCGCAAGCGUCUCGAUGCCUACAUAGCCUCCCGUCUGAAAAAGGAAGCCAGGAACGAUCUCUUGGCAGAGCUGGCAAAGUCGUCGGCCGAGGUCAGAGGCGAUCGGAUGGACUUUGCUAGUGCCAGGACACUGGGCACCGGAAAGCUUGCAUCUGCUAGGGAGAUCAUCGAGGGUAAAGCAAAAGCAAGAGACUUCGGCCGAGACGAAAAGUCUGCUUCCGAGUCAGAUGGUGAGGAUCAUGAAAGCGAACGCCCACAGGGCAGUCCAGUCCCAUCUAGCAUUAAUGACCGUCCACAAGGUGAGGUACUCGACGAUCCCAUUCGCAGGCAGCGGAUCUUAGAGGCUGCGUCUCUCUUCAGCCAGCCUUCUUCUAGCAAGGCCGUUUCCACCGAUACGGCGUUCGAGAAGACUAUGCCACAAGUCUCUGCUGCUCCAUUAGGAUCCGCUCUCGCAAAAGGCCCCGAUGGCCAGCCACUGAUUCCAAUCUCGCGGAAACGGAGGCGGAAGGGACCGUCUCAGCGGGAGAGGAGACGGCAGCGAGAUGAGGAGAACUUAUUUGCCGACAGCUCAAAAGGAGAGGAGGAGAGCAACAGCUCCGAGGACAGCUCAGAAGACAGCUCAGAAGAGAGCGACGAUGACAGCUCCACCAGCUCCGUAUCAGAAAGACUACAUGAGCCUUCAGAUCCUCACUCAGAGCAUGAAAGCCUAGACACCGACAGCGAGGAUGAAGCUGUCUUCUUGGAAGCUAUGAGGCGCCGGGGUUUGCCGUUGCCAAGCGAGGAUGAGGAAGACUCUGACGAUGCGAAAGUCGAAGGCACAACUCACAUCAGCUCCGCGGCGCAACCUGACGGCGCAACAUUCGGGACAAGUCCCUCAGAGGACCUGAUACCCGUCCAAGCGCCCUUGGCAGAAAGCGAAAGUCCGCCCUGGCAGGGCUUUGCAUCUGAGGAAGAUGCAUCUCGUGUCAUGUCGCAAGAGAGUAGUGACGCCAGCUCGGAAGGCAGCACUGCAGAUGACGACGAAGAAGGUACUGAGAGCGAGGACGAAGAAGAAGAUGCUCUGAGCCAAGAAACGAAGAAUACUCUCCAGCGUGGCCGAGAGGUCAAUGUGCCCUCCCGGGGUUCUGGAUUCAAAGUCUGGGCACGCACAGCACUGGAGUCCAUCUACUUGGGGAAUGGCGUCGGCGAAGCAAGGACUGAAGAGGGCGUGCCCUUGCAACCCGUGGCUGGUCUCAGUGUCAAGGUCAGCGAUAUGGGCGCAGAGGACGGUGUCAUCCGGGGUCCGCUUGGCGAGAAUGAGCCAGCCAGCAGGCCGUCACCCUUCGCAGAGAAACACUACGCCGAGAUCGCCUCUUCGGAAGCCAUCCGAAAUGUGCCGGUGCAACGCACAUCAGAGAUCAUCGAGGCCAGACUGCGACUUCCAGUCGUGCAAGAGGAAGAUCGGGUUGUUCGUACAAUCUUGGAGAACCAGGUCACCGUCAUUUGUGGAGAGACUGGCAGUGGUAAGACGACGCAAGUCGCACAGAUGCUCUUUGAAAGAGGGUUCGGCACGCCUGGUAGUGACAAUCCGGGUCUGGUCGGCAUUACACAGCCACGUAGAGUGGCAGCAAUGUCUACUGCCGAUCGCGUUGCCAAGGAGCUCAAUCUGCCACCAAACAGAGUCUCCUAUCAGAUUCGGUACGACCGUACAGUGUCGCCGCAGACGUCGCUGAAGUUCAUGACGGACGGAGUUCUAUUGCGCGAGGUGUCAACCGACCUCCUGCUCAGCAAGUAUAGCGUGCUCCUCAUUGAUGAAGCGCAUGAAAGAAGUGUCAACACAGAUGUCCUCAUCGGUCUGCUGAGCCGUAUCGUACGUCUGCGCGCCAACCGCUGGCUCCAGGGCGAGAAAGGAGCCAAACCUCUUCGUCUGGUUAUCAUGAGCGCUACUCUGCGUGUCGCCGACUUUGUGGAGAAUCCAACUCUGUUUCCCACGCCGCCACCGUUGAUCCGAAUUGAUGCUCGGCAACAUCCCGUCUCGGUCCACUUCAAUCGCAAGACACCCAAUGACUACCAAGAGGAGGCCGUCAACAAGGCAGGCAAAAUUCACACGCGGCUUCCUCCGGGAGGUAUACUGAUAUUUAUGACUGGCGAACAGGAGAUCAAGACGGUCUGCAACCAACUCGAAGCAAGCUUUGGAAGACGUGCGAUAGACGCUCAUCUGCGGCGGCGCAAUCGCCAGGAAGAAGCUUAUCUCCGCCGCAACCAAGCGGACGAUGAGAACGGCGCCGACUCGGGCGUACGUGUCACAGCUCGGCCUGCGCGUGAAGACGUUGAGGCCGAAGAAGUCACCCUCGGUAAAAGCGACAACGACUCCACCCUCGUUGAUCGUGAGGGUGAGAAGUCAGCCACUCCAAACGAGGAUCCAGAGGCACUUGACACAGACUCCGAAGAUGACAACGACAGGGACGAGGAAUUAGAACAGGCAGCUCCGGUCAGAACUGGCCCCGGUGCUUUCCCCACGAGUCCCAUGCAUAUCCUUCCCUUGUAUUCGUUGCUUCCAUCAGAGAAACAGCUGGAUGUAUUCAAACCACCGCCGGACGAUGCAAGGCUGGUGGUUGUAGCCACCAAUGUAGCGGAAACGUCCCUGACCAUCCCCAACAUCCGCUACGUGAUCGAUUGCGGGCGAGCAAAGGAGCGCAAGUACGACGGCUCGUCGGGAGUCUCUUCCUUCAAGGUAGACUGGAUCUCCAAGGCUUCUGCGGCACAGCGUGCCGGCCGAGCCGGUCGAACUGGACCCGGUCAUUGUUAUAGGCUGUAUUCUUCCAACGUCUACGAGGAGUACCUCGAAGAUCAUGCGGAAGCUGAAAUCCGCCGCAUGCCGGUAGAGGGCCUGGUCUUGCAGAUGAAGAGCAUGAACAUCGAUAACGUGAUCAACUUCCCUUUCCCUACGCCGCCGAAUCGCAGCGCUAUUGCACAAGCCGAGAAGAUCUUGACUAGACUCGGAGCACUGGAGACUGUCACCGAUGAUAAGACUCGGAAGGCUGUGACCAGAAUCACAGAGUUGGGGCGGACAAUGUCCCUCUUCCCACUCUCUCCUCGUUUUGCGAAGCUGCUCGUGCAGGGCCAGCAACAUGGGUGCCUCCCCUUUGUGGUCGCUCUCGUCGCAGCAAUGAGUGUCAAUGACCUCUUCGUUAGGGACGAGGCCAUUGCUGACGACGAAGAGGAUGAAGAUGCAGAUAGCCUUGCUGAUGGGAAUCCAGGCUCUGUCCACCUCCGGUCCGAAGCCGAGAAAGGCAGACAAGAGCGCAAAGAGAAGCGCAAGAAGAGAUACGAGGUCCUAAGCGCCUUCGAUUCUCUCGGUGGCGCUGGAGUGAGCGAUGCCUUUCGCAUGCUUGCCGUGGUCGGAGCUUAUGCAUACUCCAACAAUAGCGCGACGUUCUGCAGGGACAACUUCUUGAGGGCUAAGGCGAUGACUGAAGUCGACCAAUUACGCAGGCAGCUCUCGGCUCUCGUCUUGUCAACUUUGGAACCGUCAAAGACCACUACGGAGGUGACCGCCUUGUUGUCCUCAAGCAAGCUUGCGCCACCGACCGAAACCCAGUUCAAGAUCAUCAGACAAUUGAUUGCCUGUGCUUACAUAGACCAAGUGGCAGUUCGGGCUGACAUUGUCCCAGCAGCUGCCCGAUCUAUACCGAGUUUGGCAGAGCAAGCGACUCAAGGCCGUUUGAAGACUCAGUGGAAGUCCUGUCGCCAUGUGCCCUACCUCGCCAUGGGCGUCAGUGGUGAAGCGGCGUAUAUACACCGUUCUUCCUCGCUCUUCGAGCACGCACCUCCGGAGUGGUGUGUCUUUGGUGAAACGAUGCGAUCGAGGCCUAAGGAUCGCAAGAGCAAGGACGAUGACACGCAAGAAGAGUCUGCCCUUGACGUUCCUGAAAUUCGCGGCAGGGUCUUCCUGAAAGGCAUCACCAAGAUCAACCCAGCUUGGAUCCCAAAAUUGGGAAAGGAGCUGUGCUCGUUCUCGAAUCCUGUCCCUCUAAGUGGCUCUGGUCAGUUGAGCUCCUUGUCAAGCAACAUCGCUGCUCUCAAAGGCGGGGCGCGAGCGGCCUCCUCUUCGCAACAGGUUCAACAAGUCGUUAUUACCCCGACAUAUGGCACAGGGCCAGCCUGUGAGGCAAGCGAACGGGCCAGCAUGAUUGGAUGGGAGCUCCCUCCUGUCAAGGCGACGCGGCAGUGGCAGGGAGCAGCAAAAGGCUGGAAGGUGGACCUGUGA